AUGGACCAAAAGCUCGUCGUUAACGGAGGCACCGGUGAGCCGGCGGUGUUCAAAUACCGACUAUUGGUGCCCGAAGAAGAAACAGGGUCCGCUGGAAAAAUCUCCACUAUAGCAUCGUACCGGGCCAAUCUCUACAUAGGAACCACCACUGGUCAGUUGCUUCAUUAUCACCAUUUCGAGGACGCCGCUGAGUAUAUGCUCAUUCUGAAUCUCCAGCUCUCGGAUUCUAGCCGUGUAAUUACAAAAAUAUUGAUUCUUCCCAAUACUGAAAGAGCUCUAGUGCUUAUAGGCUCUACAGCCAGUGUCUAUUCCUUGCCAGAGCUAUCGCCAUGUCACAUUGGGAAGUUGAAAGAUAUCAACGACUUGCUGAUGCUCGCAUAUUCAGCCAUUUCAAAUGAUUCCAGGCUGCAAAAGUCAGUGGCUGUGAACGAUAAAAUCGUCGCUUUCACUUCUUCCAAGAUCAGGAUCAUCCAAAUCGAUAAGGACCAGAUCAAGUUGCUCAAAGACAUAAACUACUCUGGUGCUGUGAGUGGAAUAUCUACUGCGUCACGGAUGUCAUCGAAUUACAGCAAUUUGGUUUUGGUAGCGAAUCCUUCUAAUUACGAUAUCAUCGAUCUUAAAAUGACAAGAAAGAUUCCUUUAUUCGAUUAUACGGGAAACAGAACAAAUGUCCCGCCACAUAUGGUAAGCUAUGAUGCAAUGGAUAAAGAAGGAGCAGAGGAAUAUCUUUUGACUAUCAAAAAUGAUGAGAAUACUUCGUUAGCCAUGUUUAUCAACUCAUUAGGCGAUGUUACCAGAGGCACCCUAACCUGGAUAGGGGAAGGAUAUCCUGUAGGAGGCAUAGUGGUACGAUGGCCCUAUGUAUUUGGAGUAUUUGCCUCUAGUGACCACAGUAACAAGCUCAUAGUCAGCUCGCUAGAAUCCCUACAAGUAUUAAAUGUUGUCAGUUUAGAAGAGAUAUUUUAUGGAAGGAAAUCUACGAAACAAGUAGUAGAUGAAAUAGAAACUGAACUCAAAGGUGAAGAAACUGAUAAUAAACAAAAAGAAGUUAAGGAUAUCGCACAAGAAGAGAAUCUUACACAACAAGAUAUUGACAAGGAUAACCUUCUACAACAGGAAAAUCAACAAGAACAAGAAAGUGGAGAAGAUACAGAACAACAUAGGCAAGAACAGCCUUUCUCGCUGGACUCGAUCAACUUAACGAUCUCUGAACAGAGUGAAAUAUUUGUAGAAAAGCCUUCGACGGAAUCCGCACAACUAUUAGAGACCAUCAAGGAUAUAAAUAUUUCGACAGUAUCAGAUAUACUGGUAGAAAACCAAACGGUAGACGGUUUGCUUUCCAAAGUCAACCUAAUGAAUGGUUCCAGAAGUUCCUCGAUUGCAAAGCACUUCGACAUAGGUAACAUCAUCCUUCAUGACGACUCCAAGGUUUGGAUAUUAUAUUCGGAAAGUGUGUUGAUACAACUACAGGAUAGUUUCAUCUUUGCAAUGCAAGAAGGCACUAUCAAGUCAUUCUCUGAGGAACUAGAAGGAAUCGUAGAUACGUACGAGGGAGAGAUUCACCAAUACAUCUUGUACAUGCUUGUAUUAUCCCUUAUUGAAAUUGAGGAUGAGCAAAAGAUCUUAAAGUACGUACUACGAUUGAAAAAUGGCCACCUUGUGGUAGAUCCUUUGUUUAUCAUUUACAUGUUAAGUGACUUUAAAGAAAUCGAUACUAGUCAUUUUGACUUUUCUGUGUAUUCAGGAAUCAGGGAAAUAAUGGAGCAAUGUAAGCCGUCCAGCAGCAGAAGAUUGUUGCUAUUGAAAUACUUUGAUUCUGUUUAUCCUGAUCUCGUUCAAACUAAUUCUCAGACGCAAGACAUCAUAAGGAGAGCAUACUAUGCUCUGUUCAAGCUGAAUGAAGAGUCCAUAUUUUUCUUUCAAGGAAAAGACAAGAUGAAUUGGUCCACAUUCAGCCAUAUAAAUUCAUCAAUUAUAGAUCUUUGGUAUUCUAAGGGAUUUAUAAAGACCAUCUUGCAAGCUUAUCGUAGCCUCAAAGCAGCAGACGAGGAAAAAGAGAAAGAGAUUUCAGAGAAACUUUGUACCUUGGUUAUUCAGUUGUUAUCUCAAGAAAAGGGUGACUCUGAUAUAUCUACGGAACUGUUGGUUGCGGAUACACUAGCGGAUAUUAAAGCAAAUCCACCAGACCCUUCUCUUUAUACCAAGUAUCUCAUUGAGAUAUUGAAGGUAGACAAAAUCAGAGGCUUCGAAUUCAUGAAGAAAAACAACAAACAGCAAUAUCGAUCUGUUCACAAGACUAUCAUGGAUGAGAUCUCAGAAACAUAUGCCAGUGAGAGUGACUUCUCAUUACUCAAAAUUGAAUUCUUAGAAAGCACAUUACGUGAAAAUAAGUUCAAGGCAUCUCUUCAAGAUGAGCUAGCCUUUGAAAUGGCCAAAUUAAUGUCGUCGUCCGAAUUUUUGGUGGAAGAGUACAGGAUUAAUUUUGAUAUCCUUGUUCAAACUUACAAGAUCGAAAACUCGCUAACUGAUUCAAAAUGGCCGAAGAUCAGUUGGGUUGAUUUUUUGCAUUUGAAUUCCAAGUCCAGUGAGUGUAAGGAUUUUGUCGACAUAUAUUUGAAAGUCUACGAAUUGCUUCUUGUUUCAACUGAUUUGAAAAAGUCCACUCCAAUUCUAUCGGAGCUCAUUCUGAACGAUGAAUUAUUCUCUUAUUAUAAGUUUGUUAAUCCUGAUGACACUACAGUUAGACUGUUGCUAGACUAUUCUGAUUUUGAAAGUGCUGAGUUUGUUGCAGUUCACAGAAAGCUUCCGUUUCCCAAAUUCCACUUCUAUAUUGAGAACGAUUCUCGCAGAUUUGAUAUAGUUGCUCCAAGUCGUAUUAGAGAUGACUUGUUUACCAUCUUAAAGUAUUAUUUGAAAGAGAUCACCUCCGAUCCACUUUGCAUUUUUGCUAUCAGGCAUUUCAUAUCAUCAUUUGGCAAUUCAUUUUUCACUCCUUCGGAAAUCCUUUCGUAUUUGCCCGAUCAUAUCCCAAUUGCGUACCUCAUGGACUACUUAACUGAAGUUAUUAUAGACCUCCAGGCUGCCAACAGGGAGGUGCAAUUGCGGAAGUCGAUCAGCAAGGCAGAUGCAACGUUUACGAAAAGCGUCUACAAGAACUUUGCCAAUUCAUUCGAGAAUGGAACGUAG